GAUUAGAAGAGAGAGAGGCGAAAAAAGAUGGAAGCUUUGGUGUGCAGAAAACUGGGUGACCCGACAGUGCCGGCGGAGGGGAGUGAUGAUUCAGCCCUGACCCUCUCAAGGGCUCACCCGAUUCCCCAACUGAAUUCACCCACAUCGGUGCGAGUCCGAGUCAAAGCAACCAGCUUGAACUUCGCCAAUUACCUCCAAAUCCAGGGCAAGUACCAAGAGAAACCACCCUUGCCCUUUAUCCCCGGCUCUGAUUACUCCGGCACCGUCGAUGCCGUCGGAGAAGCUGUCUCUAACUUCAAAAUCGGGGAUCCCGUUUGCUCCUUUGCCGCCCUCGGAUCAUUCGCCCAAUUCAUCGUCGCCGAUCAAUCUGAGCUAUUUUUGGUGCCAAAAGGGUGUGACUUGGUUGCUGUUGGUGCAUUUCCGGUUGCGUAUAGUACAUCUCAUGUGGCACUUGUUCAUAGAGCACAACUACAUGCUGGUCAGGUAUUGAUGGUUCUUGGUGCAGCUGGAGGAGUCGGUGUUUCUGCUGUACAAAUUGGCAAGGUCCGUGGCGCCAUUGUUAUAGCUGUUGCUAGGGGAAGUGAGAAGGUGCGAUUCCUCAAGUCAUUGGGUGUCGAUCAUGUUGUUGAUAUAAGCAAAGAGGAUAUGAGUCAGAGUGUGAAGGGAUUUCUCAAGGCUAGAAAGCUUAGAGGGGUGGAUGUUCUGUACGAUCCAGUCGGAGGGAAGCUGACAAAAGAGUCUUUGAAGCUGUUGAGCUGGGGAGCACAAAUCCUGAUCAUAGGGUUUGCAAGUGGGGAAGUGCCAAUAGUCCCAGCAAACAUUGCUCUUGUUAAGAACUGGACAGUUCAUGGACUUUACUGGGGGAGCCAUAGGAUACACCAACCGCGUGUUCUGGAAGAUUCGGUCAAGGAAUUGCUAUCCUGGCUGGCUGAUGGCUUACUCACUGUUAAAAUAUCCCAUACUUAUAGCCUCCAUCAGGCAAAUCUUGCAUUUGGUGCCCUCAAGAAUAGAGAAGCUAUUGGCAAGGUUUUGAUUGUGUUUGAUGAGUCCACCUCCAAGUUGUAAUGCCCAUAAAUACUAAUUAUACUUUCCCUUCUACUUUUCAGUCUAACAAUAAAGCUCAUGUAAAUAAUACUAUAUCAAUAAGUUUGGCCGAUUUUGAGAGAGAGAGAGAUGUUGUGCUUGGAAUGGAUUAAAUGAAGGAGCACAUUUACAUUUAUGGGAA